UCGGCUCACGUUCUGCGAGGAAGGAGGAAGGGACGGAAAUAGGAGGGGGGAAACCAUUCCCUUUAAAAACAACUGGGACAUAGCGGAGAGUGAAAAGGAGAGGAGGGGGUAGAAGAAAGAGGAAUUAAAAAAGAAAAGGAAGAAAGAUACAGGGAGGGAGGGUGAGCGAGAGAGAGCGCGCGAUAAAAAAAGAAAGAUGACAUCCUGUGAAUUGAAGCGCCGAGGUGGAGCGGCGGGCUGUGGCCGGGCUCGAGUGUUAUUCGUCAGGGUCAGGGCUUGAAUCCUACAGCGAGGCUUCGACAAACACCCGAUUGGCCUGUCGGGGGGAACCGAGGGGGAAAACUCAGAUUUAUCCAUAGCAACCUUUAAGUUUGACUCUUUCAAACGCGUCAGUCGCAUUACAUGUAUCUGUUAUUUUAACGUCUAUAACUCCUUUUUUAUAAUGCACGAUGUGACGUUAUCAGUGUUAAAAUGAUUUGUUUCGUAUGCAGAUACAGAUUUUUAAGUGUUGGAAAUGAAUGAAUACGACGUUAUUGCAAUUAACGAUUCGGAAAUAGGGAUUUAAGUUAAAUAGCAGCAAAUUAAAAAUUAAAUAGUGUUUACCUUUGCCUGUAAAUCUGGAUUAGAUCCUUAAAUUAACGGAAAGGGUUAAACCUUUGGAGAGUAGUUAAACACGCAACUUAACGUUCACGUUUUACCAAAUAUAGACGAUUUAGAGGACGCCAAUGGCGCUCUAUUAAUUUUAGCCUAUUAUUGUUGAUCAUAUUCGUCGGUCUGCAACAAAAUGGAUGCCGCGUGGAGCAAUUUUCUCUUUCAGACCACACCUUCUCAGACACAAGUGGAGGGCACCCUCCAAUCAGAACUUCUGGCAGUCCACACGACCUCUCCUGAAGCCCCACCCACCGAGCACAUAGCCCCACCUCCUUCCACAGUGGACACUGCAGCUCUCAAUGAGGACCAUGUACCUGAGAAACCAGUGUCCAGACCAGCCCGUGCGGCUCAUAUCUGUUCUAUAUGCAGCAAGCAGUUCAAGAACAGCUACAACUUACGGCGCCAUCAAUCCGUUCACACUGGCAUCCGCAUGAAAGGGGGCUCCCAGAGUCAAAAUGCUGUGGCCAAAGAGAGUACAGAAAGACACACUGUCCCUCUGUCUCUGCUUCACCUCUCCAUGCCCCAGCAGCAACCCCAAACACUCCACUCUGUGCUGCCCCAUCCCCACAUACAAGUCCUGGCAUCUCAAGAUGGAAAUGAAGUUGCCUUGGAAAGCAUGACUUCCACUGUGACCGCCCUCCCGCCUCCGUCUGCUGUUGUCAUGGCAACAGAAGAGUCUGUACAGAGGCCUGUAAACCAGAACCCAAACCCUGUGCGGAAAAACCAUGCGUGCGAGACCUGUGGUAAAGCCUUCAGGGAUGUGUACCACCUGAACAGACAUAGGCUGUCCCACUCGGACGAGAAGCCAUUCUCCUGCCCGAUCUGCCAGCAGCGUUUCAAGCGGAAGGAUCGCAUGAGCCAUCACGUCAAAUCCCACCAGGGUGGAGUGGAGAAACCCUAUGUGUGCCCACAUUGUGCUAAAGCUUUCUCACGGCCUGAUCAUCUCAACAGUCACGUUAGACAAGUCCAUUCUUCAGAAAGACCCUUCAAAUGUCCGACAUGUGAAUCGAGCUUUGCCACACGGGACAGACUGCGCGCCCACAUGAUCAGACAUGAAGAGAAAGUUCCAUGUCACAUCUGUGGCAAACUGCUGUCUGCUGCUUACAUCACAGAUCACAUGAGGGUGCAUAACCAAUCACAGCAUCACACCUGCCACCUCUGCAACCGCAGUUUCACUACACUGACGUACCUGCGUGUUCAUGCUCAAAAGCACCAUGGUCAGGAGUGGAAGGAAAGCGGAGGAGGGUUUGGCACCGCAGGGUCUGGAGGUGUCCUGGUUUGUCAGCUCUGCGGCGUGCACUGCAAGACCCCCACACAACUACAGGGCCACAUGGGUACCCACAAUUCCCCCGUGAAUGACCCCUGCCCUGUUACCACCACCACCACUACGAGUGAAGUGUUGCCGGGAAGUACGGUCACCUUGUGCAACAUGGUGUCAGCACCUACAGUGUUUGUGAGUGGAAACACAGUGGUGGACCUGCUGGUGACCGACUGCUCCAGCAUCAUCCCUCAACCUCAAAGCUAGCAGAACAGCUUUGUAAUGCAGAUAAGCUAGUAACUAUAUUCUAUAUUCACAGCACAGUUAAAUCUGUACGACUCAAAACAGCCAUUCAAAAGUAUACACUAAGGAACCACAAGAAGCCAAGGAUAAACUAUGAGAAACGAAAUAUAGAGUGGAUGUGGCUCAUUUGUUUUUACAUGCACACAUGUGUACUAUGACAAUUACUGUAGCAUGAUGCAUUUCGAACAGAACACCUGAACAAUGAUACACACAAUAGGACACACAAACGUGUUACACUUAUCUCUCCUAAAGCCUGAUAGUGAUCCAAGUAAUAUGUAUAUUUUCGGGUCUGGCUGAGAGGGCAAGGCAGGCUAGGCUUGACAGGAAGGAUCAGGGCAAAAAGGUGGACACAGACACAAGCAGAGACUUCAAGGGCAGUUCUUUCAAUUUAAUACUAAUAGAGAAAUUGCCACUUUGCACUGUUGCACUGACUCAAUCCACGCUUUCUUCUCUUUCUCUUUUACGUUCUCUUUUUCUCAUUGCUGCAGGACUUCUUAAUGAUACUGUGAUAGUGUAUUUCUACUGUAUUUCCUCUUUCUAUGUGUUCGCUGGAAGUCAACUGCCGUAAACACGGCUCAGGAUGCAUUUAUUAGUCAUAAUACGGUUUUAAAAAAUCGAAAGAACAAAUGAAGUUGUACACAUGACAGUAUCUGUACAGUACUGGCCAAAUAAUUCAACUGUGGCAUGCAAUUGGUCUCAUUGUACUCAAUUAAAUGAACAUUUAUUGUUUUAGCUUUUAGUCAUAUGCUAGUGGAAGACGUUUGUCCUCAGAUAGUUUUUGAAGAUUGUAACUUAAAUUUGUUCCAUCACCAAAGGUAAAAGAAAAUAUGUAAAAAUGUAAAGGUUUAAGGUAGAAAACGUGUGCAUGAGCAGUUCAGCAUUAAUAUCCUGAGAUAACAAGUAUCUAUGGAAUAUUUGAGACUGUACCUACUAGCUUUUUAAAGGCAACUAUCAGAGAAGGUUUGGAAUCCAAAUGUGCUUGAUGUUAAGUGGAACAUCUGUUAUCGGUUUUAUAAGUAUUCGCCAUUAACAUUUUAAAAGGAUGUUUUGACAGAUAUUUGUCUUGAGUCUAAUAAUUUGGCCAUGACUGUAUUGUGAUGCAUUGGGUGGCCGUGUUUAGUGGCAUAGUGAUGCAGCGAUUCCCCAUGUCUCUUAAACUGUUAGCCUUCUUUUAUCCUAUGCUUUAUCUGUGACUAUAUAACCUGUUAGUACUUAUUUUCUUUCUCUGACUCGGCGCUUUAAGCUGGGUGCACACUGCACGGUUUGGCCUUCUGGGAAAAAAUUGGAGAAUCAUAAAAUAUUCUAUGAUCCUAUGCCCAAAUCUGCAGUCUUUGAUCACUAGUUUUCGUCUCUUGCAAGCGUCGAUUAUGAGUCUUUUCUGUUGUACAGCCUGAAGUGAAUGGCAACUGUUAUCCCACAAUAUGACAUGGCUUGUAGCUGAGACAAUUAUUUGAUCAAUCUGAUGAUUCGCAAUGGUAAGGGACUAUUACAAAUCGUACAGUGCGCAUUCAGCUUUAAAAGCCGUUUUAAUCGUUACAUUUGCAUUUUUCUUAACAGCAGGCUAUCAAAAAUGAGUGUUCUCACUGUUGUUACCGCUUCCACUAAGAAUUUAAAGAAAACGGAUGUUCCUGGAUGUUCUCUUUUUUUCUGGCAUGAAUGAUGUUUAAAGAAGGGCUUAAUCAUGUUUGCGUAAGUGUAAUUGAGAGUAACACACUACUAGCUCAAGGUUUUAAAACUAAAUAGGAAAAAAAGAAAUGUCAUGGUUCUUGGAUAUGUGCCGGAGUGAUUUGUUUGAUCAGUUUAGUGUUGGUACUGUAUACUGGAUAUAUCUGGUUGUUCAUGAACUUUUGAAUUGGAAUUUGUUCUUCCUGUUUAAAAAUGUAGUUGUUUUUAUAAAGAUUAAAUGAUAUUUAGGGUUUUCUUUUUCAUUAAGCGUUAAUCUGAAAUAAUACCUCUAAUCUCUGUAAGCUCUGACAAUGCAUCUCAAUGCCUUAUUGUACACUACCGCAUUUAAUUUGUCAAACUCUAAAACUAUUUUAAAUUAUAGUCAGUGAACCAGUGAAAAAAUAAUGAUGGGAUGUAUUUAUAUUUUUAUAUUUCUCAGCAGUAUGCAUGUCUAUAAACCGAGCAAAACAAAACGUUGUUGCUUACCAGGAUCAUUAAUAUGUUAUUAUUAGAUUAUGUAGAUCAUGUUAUUGUUUUGUAAUUUGACUAUUAAAAGGAAAUUAAGUCAUUA